GCCAGUUGCGUAUUGGCUCUCACUGACUAACCAACCAGAGACGAGAAUUUUACUUAAAUUGUGAAUAUUAACCGAGAAUAUUCAAAUUAAAAAUACAAUAAAAUUUCUUAUCACUGUAAAUGUAUCCAGAAAUUUCAAACUUUCCAUUUGAAGAUAGUGAAAAUGUUGCAGCAUUGUUGAACGAUAUUAUCCAGGAAGACGGUUUUGCGGAAGGGAAUCUUCCUUCGAAUUUGGAAGAUGAUUUCUUAAUAGGGGAAUUUCUUCCAUUAAUGAAACAAACCGAAGAAUAUAUUGAUCAAUUUAGAGCUGAAGGUUCAACUGUAAAUAUAGUUUCUCCCACUGGAGAUCAACAACAGGGUUUUCCACUUUUUCCAGGAAAAAAGUAUAAACCUCCUGCAUUAAAUCACCCGUCACUCCUGUCUAGCGACGAGAAUAUUAGACUGGCUAUUAUAAGUCAACCGAGUGAAAAACACAGAGCUCGCUACCCGUCCGAAGGAAGCCGUGGAGCAAUUAAAGGUCGAGAACAUUUUGAGUAUCCAGAAAUUCAAUUGCAAGGUUAUUUUGGUUCAUCGACUGUAACAUUGCAAAUUUUCUUAGCCAACGAAACGGGAAAUGUAAAACCUCAUGGAUUAUAUCAAGCUGUCAUAGUAAAAGGACGCCGCCGAAGAGAUUGUAUCACUAAAGUUAUUCAAGAUACAAACGUCUUGGAGACAAAAUUAAAGUCUUCCAAUAAUUAUCGUGCCAAGUAUGUUUCUUUAUUCUAGUUUUUCCGAUAACUUCAUUUUGUCUAGAUGAUGCUUCAGGGUCGACUUUAUUGGAAUCUUAAAAAUACGAAUCCGGGACGCAAUCAGCAACAGCAGGAACUUAACAAGUAAAAAAUCAAACAAAGUUAGACUUGCGUUUAGAGUAUUAAUUAACGAAAAUGAUCCAUACAAUGGAAAGACAUUGCAAACUGUUUCUGAAACAAUUAUUUGCAGUAAGUUAAUUCUUUCAAACAUGUUAAUAAAAAAUAGAAGCAGAUAUGUAAUAGAAAUUCGACUUCACUAUGCUCUCCCUGCCUGUUGGACUGACACAGAACAACAUCAUCAAGAGAUGCUUACGAAAAGUCGAGUCUUCUAUAUAUAUUUUUUGUCUAUUUUUCAAUAUAUAAAAAACAUUCCUAUGCAAAACAUCGUUGUAAUUCUAUUUUCUUCGUGAUAAAUUUUCAGCUCAGAAAAAGGGUAAUUCAAACACUAUAACUACUACAACACCUGAUGAUUACUUAUUUGCGAAUGUUCCGACAACGAUUGUAGAUUUUUGACUGAUUUCUCGUUUUUUACACUCGAUUAGAGAGAAAAAACGUGUAAUUACCAAAAAAAUAACAAAAUAAUCAAAACUAUACUCCCUUCCCACUUCCCCAAGCACACUAUUACAGCCAGCAAGCGAGCAAACAAACAAAAGUUGUGAUUACUCUUUACUCAGAAUGAGGCAAUAACUCGUAACUCAUCAUAAAUAGUUACUAAAGACAGUUCUCCCACCGUCAUAACUCAGUUGGAUGAUCCGGGAAAAACUCUUAUUCUUCUUUAGUUGUUAUUUUCUCUAGAUUCGCGAACAGUUUAAUCUAUUUCUUUUUUAUUAUUUGACAUAACAAUUUAAGUUUUUCAGUUUUGUUUUUAUUCUUCAGAAAUAUACAAGGAAAAACUC